AUGUUAAACAAAAUAAAUAAUCUCUUUCCAGAUUUAAAGCCGUCAGAUCCCCUUCCAGAAGAAUUUUAUGAUAAACUAAUGAAUGUAGUAGAAAUAUUUGUAGGUACAGAUUGCAUCGAUCAAAUGUUGAAAUAUUUAGGUCAAUAUGAUAGAAAGAGAUUAAUAUUAAUUUCUCAUAACGGCAGUGGAUUCGACAACUGGAUCGUGCUUAAAAAUGCAAAAAAACUAACACAUUGCCCUUUAAAAACACCCAGAGGAAUUCUAUCUUUUCCUUUAUCUAAUCCAUACACGGAUGAAGAUUUACAGAAAAAAUGGAAAAGACAGAAAGAAAUAAAGGGUAAUUAUUUACAACAUAUUAAUUUCACGUGUUCCUAUCAACACGAAUCCUCUAGUUUGGCUGUAUGGGGAAAUUCUUCCAAUCUCCCCUCGAAUUUGAGAAAGAUUGCCGACGUAGAUAUCGCUAAAUACGCGCAAGACAACUGGGAGGAAUUGAGACACGAAUGGGAACCUAACGCCAAGAGAGACACUCUCUGUUUGGGAGCUUGUGUGAUAAAAUACAACCAAGUCACGAAAGAAGUUGUAAACCAGAAUAUGUCCAAUAAUCUAACGGCUCCAUCUUUAUCUUUAAAGGGUUGGUAUUAUUUAUAUCAUUACGAUAAAGAAAUGGUGGAAGAAGAAUGGUAUGAAACUACUAGAAUGGUUGCGAAACAUACCGAAAAAGAAAACGUAGAAAAAGUUUAUUCGCACACUAAUCCUUUUAUAAGAAAUUUUAUCAGACGAUCUAUUAAAGGAGGAAGAGUUUCGGCAAAUAGAAAAUCAUUUGAAACGAACAAAAUGGAUGAAAUUUGUAACGUAUUAAAGGAAUAUAUUUCACAAAGUGAAAACAGUGAAUAUCCGAGAGCGGAAAGUGGAAGACCGUUUCUACCAGAAGAAGAAAAAGAAUAUGUAAAACUCUUCAAUAAACAAAAAUUCAGACCUAGAACAGCUAUUUUAACAGUGUGGUUUGACUAUCCCAAAAACAUGUUCUUCCAACCGAUACCAGCUAAAGAUAAAAUCACUUUCACGAAUAAAGAAGGUAAAGAUUAUCUUUCUAAUCAAGAAGAGAAUGAAGAUUGUUUUAGAUGA